AGUGAGUGGUCGAUAAAUCGAAGAGGAUUGAGGAUUGAAGGCUGAAGAAGAGUGGAUACAUUGUGAAAGGCUAUAGGUUUUGAAUGGGGAGAUGGAGAGCUUCGUUUCUCCUUAAACACUUAAUAACCAGUUCCCAAACCAUCCUUCACUCACCCUGUACUCUCCUUAGAACUCCUCCGUUGCUACCUGUUUCGAGAACAGGAAUCCAAUCAUUCGGUAGUAGAUUCCGCUCUGCAAUUCCAUAUCCAUCUGCUGUUUAUGACGACGAAUUUCCAAGCGGGAAUGUUGAUUUCGGCCAUAAAUACGAGGUGGAACCCAAGGAAGAGGAGGAGGUCGGAAAGAUUCUAGUGAAAGCUUAUUUCCUCUGUACAAGUAUUGAUUUGAAGAGGAUUCAGACCGAGAAUUCAAGCAAUGUUGUUCCACCUUCUUCUCGUUCAUCAAAUUAUAUUGCUCUCCGAUAUUGCAAUUUCCCCUCGGAAGUUAAUGGUGCUGGCAUUGUAGACAAUGGGAGUCGCUGCUGUUACAUGGUAGUGUUCCAAUAUGGAUCAGUUGUCUUAUUUAACAUUGCGGAUGAUGAAGUGGAGAGUUAUCUGGAAAUUGUUAAAAGGCAUGCGUUUGGGUUGAUCCCAGAGAUGAGAAGGGAUGAUUAUGCUGUAAAAGAGAAGCCACUGUUGGUGGAGGAUAUGCAAGGAGGGCCAGACUAUAUUGUUCUAAAAUAUCUGGAUAUUGAUGGGAUACGCAUUAUUGGAAGUGUUCUCGGCCAAAGCGUUGCUCUUGAUUAUUUUGUUUCCCAGAUUGAUGAUAUGGUGGAAGAAUUCACAGAUAUAAAUCGUGGUCUGGAGAAGAACGGUACCUUCACCAUGGACAGGAGAAAGCUCUUUCAACUUGUUGGGAAGGCAAAUUCAAAUAUAGCUGAUGUGAUUCUCAAAGUCGGUCUUUUUGAAAGAUCAGAAAUAGCUUGGAGGGAUGCAAAAUAUGCUCAAAUAUUGGACUACCUUCGGGAGGAGUAUGAAGUUGCACAACGUUUUGGAAACCUUAAUUUUAAAUUGAAGUUUGUGGAGCACAAUAUUCAUUUUCUUCAAGAAGUUCUUCAGAACAGAAGAUCAGAUCUCUUGGAGUGGUGUAUAAUCGUCCUGUUGAGUAUUGAAAAUGUAAUAGCAGUAUAUGAAAUUGUCCAUGAAUCAGCUGCAGCCCCUCUCUGAUAAAGCAGAAGGGAAUUUUUUUUUGCAGCCAAAUAAACUACUGUUAGAAUGCCUACAUCAGAUUCUGAAAGGCAGUUCCCCAAUAUGCACCCUAUUUUUUGCCUUACAAUGCAAAGGCCUUACUGAGAUUUUCUUA